AUGAAGGUCAUUUUUCUCAUUUACAUUACCGUAGUGGUUGCCUCGUACAAUUCGGCACAAUAUCCUCCACAGAAAUAUCCUAUUCCAUAUGGUGCCCCAUAUGGCGAAUAUGAACCACACCCUCAACCGUAUUACUAUCCGAAAUGGACCUUAGCUGUUGGCAUGGGUAAUGAAGUGGUAGCGCAGUGUGGCCACGACCGAAAAUGGCACACCAGUUCGUUGACCAUGAAAGAUGUGACAGUUCACACAGUCGACUGUAUUGAAAGAGUAAUGCUUCCAGUGUUACGGAGAGCAGAACAUCUGCAAGCGAACAGCAAUGAAAAUAUUGUUAUGAAUGACGAGAGAGGAGAUGGCUCUGGCGAUGCCGACUACGAUUCCCUUAACCAGAUUCAAGCUCCUUUAGAUGAUAGAUGA